UCUUCCCUCUCGUCAAUCCUUCUUCACACUUUCCUCUUCUCCCUCGAUAUGCGAUGUCGCAGAUCGCUUUAUAGAUAAUCCACCGAGAAGAUGGGAACGUUUUUCUCGCUUAUUACAUCACCGCUUCACGCUCGAAGGAUUCGCUCGUGCCAUCAUUCAGUCGCGCGAACUCGAAGCCGCAGGGAUCUCCGCGGGAUGUCGUCCUUCGUGGGGAGAUGGUGCAACCUUUUGUGCUUAUUAUGUUAUCUGGUCGCGCAGCGCGCCAUCGCGGACGAUAACAGACCGUACGAGUUCUCCUUCAACAUCGUCGAUUUUCAGCACAGAUUCGAGAAAAAAGAUGCUGAGGGACUUAUUAACGGCGAAUACGGUUUCAUUACGGCCGAUGGUGUUUAUCACGAGACUGGAUAUGCCACCGACAAAAAUGGCGAUUAUAUUAUCACUAAACAGAGAAAUCGAAAAAUAACGAGUUUGAAAGAUGCGCAAGAGAUAUUCAAAGAUAGACCGGAAGCAGCGAAGAAAUUAGUGGAAGCCGUGAUAAAGGCUUGCAGCGGUUGUAAAAUCCCGCAAGGUGAUCUGCCGAAACCUACGAAGACCGUUACGGAAUUACCGCAGAAAAAGAUGGAUCCGAUAUUGAAGCAGAUGAUGAAAAUAUUGUCGGAAAAACAUGAAGAGAAAAAUAAGAUUAAAAAUGAAAACAACAAGAACCAACCCGGAAACGUUGUGAAAAGCAUGGUGCGGUCCGCAAAAAAACUAUUGUCCGAAGAAGAUAAUCCGAAUAAGGUGAGCGAUCAAGUGCUGGAGAACAUGGCGAACGAUCUGUAUUAUCAGUUCAAUUACACGAUAACGUCGCACGGCCAUCACGAGGACGGAUAUCGCAACGGAAGGAAGGACGGCAGUUAUCGGUCGCUGAGCGAAAACGGUGUCGAAACGCAAGUGAGAUAUCUGUCAAAUGAGUUCGGACAUCAACCCAACAUCACGUUCGUUUCGCAAGCGAACGCGGCCGACGAGAAGCACGGUCUCAAAGGAUAUUUGUUUCGCUGGUAUUGGCCGUAAACUCGAUUUCAUAAUAUCGAUUUUACUUUAACUGAGAAUUAUUACAAAAUAUAUUAACAUUUAUUUAAAUAGCAUUAAGCCACACAUCU